UUUGUGUAAAUUUGCGAUGGACUGGCAUGGCACGGCUCGUCUCGGAUUCCUCCUGCUCGCGCUGCGCGGACUGCGGGGGUUCAGCGCCGCCUGCCCCGCCGCCUGCACCUGCACGGUGGCGCGGAUCGCGUGCGUCGACGGAGCGGCGCCGAGCAUAGAGGAUUUCCCGAUGCUCACGCUGGACGACACGGAAAACAUCACCGACAUAUUCAUCGCAAAUCAAAACAGGUUGUUUGAGCUCAACGACAACAGUCUGAGGCACUACAUAAACCUCCGGAACCUAACGGUGACCAGGACCAGACUGACGUCGAUAUCCCCGGAUGCCUUUUACAACAAUACAAGACUACAAUAUGUGAAUUUGCAAGACAACAACCUGUCGACGCUGUCAUGGAGGACCUUUCAGAACUAUAACAUCUCUUAUCCGCUCCUCCUGUCCGGAAACCCUUUGGACUGCAUCUGCGAAAACCUCUGGAUCAAACUGAGGAGCCAGGAGGAACCCGACAGCCAAGAUCUGCAAUGCAAGGACGAGCAAGGAGCAACAAAAGCCUUCGCCACGCUGACUCCGCCCGACUGCGUGGUUCCUCAAGUAGAGGUCACCCCCACGUUGGUGACCGAGAUGCAGGGCGGCGAUGUCGAAGCGUUGUGUAGCGCUUCAGGCUCGCCGCCUCCAGAGAUCCUGUGGAACCUGGACAUGAUUUUCUCGCACUACGAGAUUGACCCCAUGGAAACGGCGAGCAGGAUAACCUUAACCGACCUCUCUCCCGAGGACAACGGGCAGGUGAUCACAUGCACUGCUGAGAACAUGGUGGGUCAGACGGAGGCCACCCUGCAGCUCAACAUCCACUUCGCCCCCACCAUCCAGCAGCUGUUGGAACCGGAGCAGGGCCACCACUGGUGCAUCCCCUUCAGCAUGACGGGCAACCCCAAGCCAGAGCUGCAGUGGUACUUUGAGAACGUGACGCUGGAGGAGCAGGACUACAUCCGGACCAUGAUCCACCAGUCCACCAAGAGCGAGUACCACGGCUGCCUGCAGCUGGUCAACCCCACGCACAUUCACAAUGGCGUCUACCGCCUGGUGGCGAAGAACCGAUACGGCCGUGACGAGAAGAUGGUGGCAGCGCAGUUCAUCGACCCACCCUACGACCAUACAGAAGAUCCUUUCUACUACUACACUACUGACUCGCCGCUUCCGCCAAUGGAUGACAGCAUUGCUGUUUACGUGGUGGUGGGAAUCGCCGGCGUGGCUUUGAUGGGCUGCGUUCUUAUGGUGAUCAUUCUCAAAUACGGAAGGAACUCCAAGUUUGGAAUUAAAGGCUCCUCGUCGGUCAUCAGCAACGACGACGACUCGGCCAGCCCCCUCCACCACGUCUCCAACGGCAACAACACGCCAUCAUCCUCCGAGAUGGCGCCCGACGCCGUCAUCAUCGGGAUGACCAAGAUCCCCGUCAUCGAGAACCCGCAGUACUUCGGCAACACAGGCAGCAUGUUGAAACCAGACACGUUCGUGCAGCAUAUCAAGAGACACAACAUCGUGCUGAAGCGCGAGCUGGGCGAGGGCGCCUUCGGCAAGGUCUUCCUGGCCGAGUGCUACAACCUGACACCCGACCACGACAAGAUCCACGUGGCCGUCAAGACCCUGAAGGAGGCCAGCGAGAGCGGGCGUGCCGACUUCUACCGGGAGGCGGAGCUGCUCACCAACCUGCAGCACGAGCACAUCGUCACCUUCUACGGCGUGUGCGUGGACAGCGACCCCCUCAUCAUGGUCUUUGAGUACAUGAAGCAUGGAGACCUCAACAAGUUCCUCAGGUCCCACGGUCCGGACGCGGUGCUUAUGGCGGACGGGCAGCACAGCAUCCUGGUGGAGCUGACGCAGUCGCAGAUGCUGCACAUCGCGCAGCAGAUCGCAGCCGGGAUGGUCUACCUGGCGUCGCAGCACUUUGUGCACAGAGACCUGGCCACCAGGAACUGCCUGGUGGGCGAGAACCUGCUGGUCAAGAUCGGAGACUUUGGGAUGUCCAGAGACGUCUACAGCACUGACUACUACAGAGUGGGCGGCCACACGAUGCUGCCCAUCCGCUGGAUGCCCCCGGAGAGCAUCAUGUACCGACGCUUCACCACCGAGAGCGACGUGUGGAGCCUGGGCGUGGUCCUCUGGGAGAUCUUCACCUACGGCAAGCAGCCCUGGUACCAGCUCUCCAACAACGAGGUUAUCGAGUGCAUCACGCAGGGCCGUGUGCUCCAGCGGCCGCGCACCUGCCCCAAGGAGGUUUACGACCUGAUGCUGGGCUGCUGGCAGAGGGAGCCUUACAUGAGGCUCAACAUCAAGGAGAUCCACGCCAUGCUCCAGAGCCUCGCCAAGGCUUCCCCCGUCUACCUGGACAUACUGGGCUGAGGCGAUUGCUACUACGCCCUGCUGUACAGUACGUGUGUGUGUGUGUGUGUGCCAGGGGGAUGGCGUCUGGCCGUGUAAAGUUCAUAGAGUUAAAAGAGGUGCUGAUAAUCCUCUGCGUGUAAAUGUCCCCUGUAAAUGUUAACCGUCGUCAAUGCAUUGAGAAAAAGCCUUAAAUUCGCGAGUCAUUUCUGCUUUACAUAUUCCCUCGCUGUGCGUACAGUAGCAGGCAGGUUUCAACAGGGGGGGGCCACGAUCCAUUGUUGGUCAUUGUUGAAUACGUCCCAACACUCUUGAGACUAAAUGCGAUUUUGUCUUCAUGCAUAUUUACCACGUGUGCACAAAGGGAAACUUACACGUAAAUAGACUGGGCUUUCUCCUCAUUGUUCAUUGUUGUCAUAUUCUUUUUUUUUUUUUUUUUUUUUAACAAAUGUUUCAUUUUAUUUUAAAUAUUUAAGACAGAAAGCUUUUUUUAAAUAAUAUACAGAGCCCACGCUAUGAUAUAUGACAAAUACAUUUGAAUUUAAAUCCUACAAAGUUAUAGUAAUAUAUUUAAAGAUGUUUUUUUUAAACAAAGGCUUAAUUUGACGUGAACAUUUUCAGACUGACUUUUUUCAUAUUUAAAACAGUCUACACAGCCCAAGCAUUUAAAUACAACAAAUACAGUUAAUAUAAAAUCCUACAAAAAAAUGGGAAUAUAUUACAAGACUUAAAAAAUGUUUUUUAUUUUUUAUUUAAUCAUAUUGCUUAUAUAUAAUUCUACAAUUCAAUCUUAUUAGUCCUUUUUGUUUGUUAUUUUUACACAAAGUAAAGUCUGUGAUUGUGGUUAUAUUUAUAUCCAUAGAGUAUAUAUAAUUAUUGUGUAUUUAUUAUUAAUUGAUUUUUAUCCUCAUUAUUAUUAUUUAUCAUUCUAAUCUUAUAUACGGGCAUACACUUUAUAGCACAACAUAUCUGGUAGAUUAAAAUGGAGCCCACACACCUCGGUAAGGACCAUUGAAAAAUAUAUUUAAAUAUAAUAUAAAACCAAAUAAUAUACUGAUACAGUAUUAUAUAUGAUUAUGUAUAUAAUGAUCAUUCUGUCAAAAUUGGAAAAGGUUACCAAAGCCACUCCUUUAUAUACAUAUAUUUUUUUAAACCCUGUUUAGUGCACUGAACCAUAUUUUAAACUUAAGUUAAAAUGGACCCCAUGCACCACGAAUUAAAUAUAAUUAGAUAGUAUACUGAUGUACAGUAUAUGUGCUAUAAAUUCAAUGAUACAUCUUAAAAGUGUGGAGAAACUUACCAAAGGUAAAAAAAAAAAACAAUAAUAAUUGUCAUGUACUCCACACUGUUUUGAAGUUUAAAAUGAAUAAAAUCUUUCAAUGCGUGCCAUCCAUCCAUCCAUUUUUUACACUCCUUAGCCACACUAGGGUCACGGGUAUGCUGGAGCCUAUCCUAGCUAACUUGCGGGCGACAGGCGGGGUACACCCUGAACUGGUCGCCAGCCAAUUGCAAGGCACAUGGAAACUAACAACCAUUCGCACUCACAUUCAUACCUUCGGACAAUUUAGAGUCUUCAAUUAACCUACCGUGCAUGUUUUUGGGAUGCGGGAGGAAACCAGAGUACCAGGAGAAAACCCACGCAGGCACAGGGAGAACAUGCAAGCUCCACACAGGCGAGGCCGGAUUUGAACCAGAGUCCUCAGAACUGUGAGGCGGAUGUGCUAACCACUCGUCCGCCUUGCCGCUCAAUGCGUGCCCAUUGAUAAAAAAAAUGUACAUAUACUAAACCCCCUCUAUUUAAGCAAGGAGAUUAUUUAUUUAGCGUUACUUUCUCAGCAUCCUUUUCCCCAUCAAUGUCAUAUUUUCUGUAAAUAUGUUUCCACAGACUAGCCAUACAUAUACGACGACCGUGUGGUGUUUUCAAUGUUGUCAGGAGUGCUUUGAGCAAUUGUAUUAUUUAAUGUACUUAAAAAGCACACAGAUGUUGAGAGUCUGAGCUGUGUCUCUUCCCCCUCCCCAAAAAAAAAACAAAAAAACAAGCACACAGCUUAUUUUAUAUUUUUACAGAUUUCAUUUUUUAAUCCACCAGCAGCAUCAUCUUUUUUUUUUUAAGUCGAUCUAUGUUGUACAGGUGAUAAGAAGAGGAGUGCGAAUUAUUGAAAAGAAUCCUAAAAAAGUAUUAUUGUUUAUGAAAUAUCUGACCCUUUUUUGGUUAGAAUAUCAAAGCAAUUAUGCGUUAAUGUUGUCCUGGCAUGUCCUGAAAGCACUUACAGCUAGCUGAGCGUCCGGUCGGACUGCUCUGAAGUCAUCCCAGUUUUUAUCACAUCGUGGGAUUGCUUUGAUAUACUGCAAUGAAUUAUCUAACGUUCUGGUCGUUCAUAUUGUCUGCAUUUCCAACAAAGGCAUCUCCUGUCCGAAGGGAUGGGGAUUGCAGAAUAACUCACGAUACGGUAUUGACAACAGUAACAUCUUGAUACAGAAAUGAUCGGAUAAUCAAUAAACUGGGUUGGGGGCGCGGAAACAUGGAGGAUUGUCAUGAUGUGGUCUUGAGAUAUUGUGCCAGUUAUAAUUAUGCAAUAAUCGAGAAAAAAAAAAACACGCAAUUGCACAUAUUGGAAUUUCUAGGCACAGGAAUCCAAUGACGACUCGCGAUUCGGUAUUAUUGCAAAAUUUUGCCAAUGAUAAUUGAAAAAAAAAGAAAAGAAAUUGAUAUCAGAGAAACUUCUGAUACCUUAUUUGACGAUUUAUAUUUUCCAAAUUAGAAAAUAUCAUGAUAUUGAAAAACUGUACCUAAUUUGCUGUAAUUUCAAGGAACGAGAAUUGCGUAGUAACUAAUCGUGGUAUCAUGACAUUAUUGAUGACAAAAUUGUACGAUGCCCCUGAAUCGCAAUGUUUUGCAAACAAUAGCGUAAUGUGUAGAAGUCACAGAAAAUUGCAAUACAGUGUUAUUAUUGACUUUAUUCCAACAACAACAAUAAUAUCACAAUACAGAGAUAAUUGAUUUAUUAGGAUAAAAAACAUAGCAAUUGUACAUAGUUGGCUGUCAUUUCUAGGCAUGGUAAACACGGUAACUAAUCGCGGUAUCGUUAUAUUAUUAUUGGCAAAGUAUUACAAUAAUCUAUAUAUUGAAUGUUUGCCAACAGUAAUCCUAAUCGUGAUAGCUGAUCUUGGGGCGGAAAACACAAUUAUACACAUUUGGACAUAAUUUCUAUAUAUGCUGUUGCUGGAUGGCUACUGUGCCGUAUCGCGAUAUUUUCAUGUUUUAAACGAAAACAGAACGCAGCCAGACUACGUUACAUUCUUUGUUUUUUGAAGUUAUGUUAGGUAGGUAGGCACUAAAAUACAAAAAUAUUACGGAAUCAUCUUUAUUUGUUGUUUUUGACGUGUCUGCGGUAGAUAAUAAACUGGCCGCUGUACAGUUGGGAUAUUUGCGUAUACGACUCGUAGGCUGCGUUACAAACUAGUAUACUCCAGCAGGUAUCACAUGUUCUGGGGCCACUGGCAAUACAUACUCCAUGUAAGUACCAUUUGGAUUUUCUUUGUGCUCGUAGGAAAAAUUAUCCAGGUCCUUUGAAGUUAUUUUUCACUCAUAAUUUCAGGGGUGAAGAGAAGUUUGUUUUAAUAAAUGAUUUUUUUUUUUUUAAAGGCCUCUGACUGACUGUAGCCUCUCGAGAUCCUCUUUCAGAUGAAUAACUGUGACUUUGCAUCAUGAAUAGUAUAUUAUUUUGAAUGUAAUCCAGAAGGCCGGGGACCUCUUUUGAAUGUAAUCUGUCAUGUGGGAUUAGGGGGUAGUAAUAAUUGUUUUUGUAAAUAUGUGGUAAAAGGGACAAAAAUCACAUUUUCAUUAAUGUGCAGAUUAAUUUUACUUAUUGUGCAAAUACAAAGACUGUGUGUGUGUGUGUGUGUGUGUGUGUGCGCGCGCGUGUCUUAGAGAUGAUGUGUGUGCGUUUCUACGUACACUCGGAUGCAAGACUGUGUGUGUGAGUCAGAUUUAACUUCGCUUUAAUCUAUCAAUCAAUCAAUCAAUCAAAUGCUUUGUGCAUCACGUGAGUAGCUUAACCACAAUUAAUGGAGAUGUUCCUUGUGAUACUGUGUAUUUAAUAAAGGUGGUAUGUCCUACA